UGCGAACAGCCAGUUGUCGAACUGAAUGCGGCCUAGCAUGUGCCCCCGGGCCUACCCCGUCCUCUUACUCGCGCUGUGGGCGUGCGUCCUGUUCGCGCGCGCGGACUCAGACUGCCCGACCAAGAAAGAGCAGGUCACCGAAGACGCCCGCCUCCGGAAAGAUCUCAAAUGCGCCUACAACAGCGACUACCGCCCAGUUCUCCACCAUACUGACACAGUCAACGUAGGAGUCGGCUUUUUACUUAAGUAUAUUAGCUUCGAUUACCUAGAAGAAACCUUCACAGUUCACAGUUGGGUGACGAUGACGUGGAAAGAUGAAUUCUUGAAGUGGAAGCCGAGUGAAUAUGGAGGAAUCAACAUGACAUUAUUAGAGAGCCACGAAAUCUGGACUCCGCGCCUGGCAUUGUUCAACGCCGACGCCAGCAGGUACCAGUCAGACUCGUUCUACACGACGUGCAAAGUGCGCUACAACGGCACGGUGGUGUGCGUGCCGCAUAUGGCGCACUCCGGCAUCUGCCGGACGACCUUGCGUCGCUGGCCCUACGAUGCGCAAAACUGCACUUUGUACUUUGGAUCUUGGAUGCACACGGGUGAGCAGAUAAACUUCACUUUUGACGCCACCCAAGCUGUGAAUACUGAUGAAUACCAGGAUGGACCGGGCUGGAAACUAUUGCUGGUGGAUACAAAAAAAUUCCCUGGUAAAUAUUCCUGUUGCCCCAAUGAUACUUAUCCAAUGUUAAAAUACAAGUUCGUCAUGCAGCGCGAAGCGGCAGGUCCUGCGGCCAUCGUCGUCGUACCUUCUGUAGCGAUCGUCAUGCUAACGUUGAUAUCAUUAAUGUUAGAUAUCAAAGAUAAUACGCGAUUAAUAGUGGCGUGUUUCAGUCUCUUCUGUCACUUCAUAUUUUUAACAGAAAUCGGUUACGACAUACCCAAGGAGAGCGCGGACACGCCCGUUAUUCUAUUGUUCAUACGAGACUCGAUGAUCGUCUCGCUGUUCGCUGUGUUGCUAACGUUGGCACUGAUGUCGCUGCGGGCGCGCGAGACGCUGCCCCCCGCGUGGCUCCUGCGGGUGACCCGCUUCGUGGACGCGGGCCCCGUCAAGUAUGCCGUGUUCACAGAGUUCGACCCCGAUCGAGCCCCGGACGAGAAGGUUACGCUCUCAGAAGACGACGCCGGAACUAGUGCGGUCGAAGAGCCGAAGCAAGUAUCAUCAUGGCUGCAGCUGUCGAACACUUUGAACAGCGCAGUGUUCAUAAUUUCGGUGAUCACAUACGCAGUGUUAAUAGGCGUUUACAUUCCGAGGGACCCUUAUUAAAUGUAAUUUUGCGUAUCACAUUAUGGAUCUACCAAUUGAUCGCUUUCAAUACGAGUAUAGCAUGCAUGUGUAAAAUUAUAUGGGUAACAAAAUAAA